AAUAUGAAGGAAAACAGUCAUCAAUUAAGUAAAGCAAUUUUCUGUAGCUCAUUUCAAAACAUAGACAACAAUGGAAAGAAACAAAAACUUAUCUUGGGAGAUGACAACUCACACUAAAGCCUUUUUUUAAUUCUAAAACACAGUUACUUGGUAAAAACUCAGAUACACUAGCCUCAGAAUAUCCUGGUCGUUGGAAUUGCCAUCGGUUGUCCAAAGUGGGAUGGUUUAUUUCCUACCUCUAUUUACAUCAAAUUUAAAAACCCACUGUUUCAAAUGAAUGACUAACGCUACUCAUCUCUAAACUACUAAGGAGAUUCGGGAUUGCUUUUCAACGGGAAUAACCCGGAAGUGGUUGAUGAGGGCUGCUGUUGCUUGUAUUGAAGAUGGCGACAGAGGAGCAACAGGACCCACAACAGGGUGACAUGGAAGGAGUGAACUGCCUAGCAUACGAUGAAGCCAUCAUGGCCCAGCAGGAUCGCAUCCAACAAGAGAUAGCCGUUACAAAUCCUCUUCUCUCAGACAGACUGCCAGUUUCCUCUCUCUAUAAAGAGUAUGCAGAAGAAGAUGACAUUUACCGAGAAAAAAUUAAGCACUUGUUGGAAAAAUACACAUGUAUACGAAAAACACGUCCAGAUGGCAACUGUUUCUAUCGUGCGUUUGGAUUUGCACAUCUUGAAGUGCUUCUGGAAGACAGUAAAGAAUUGCAGAAGUUCAAAGCUGUAGCUGCAAAAAGCAAAGAUGAUCUGGUGGCACAGGGAUUCACAGAAUUCACAAUUGAAGACUUUCACAAUACGUUUAUGGAUUUGAUAGAGAUGGUGGAAAAGCAGGCCUCCAUUUCUGACAUCCUAACUGCAUUCAAUGAUCAGAGUACGUCUGACUACUUGGUGGUUUACUUACGACUCCUGACAUCGGGGUACUUGCAGAGAGAGAAUGGAUUCUUUGAGCAUUUUAUUGAAGGAGGACGAACAGUGAAGGAAUUCUGUCAGCAGGAAGUUGAACCAAUGUCCAAAGAAAGUGACCAUAUCCAUAUCAUUGCCUUAGCACAAGCAUUGAAUGUUUCCAUUCUAGUUGAGUAUAUGGAUCGUGGAGAGGGCGGGUCCACCAAUCACCACAUCUUUCCAGAAGGCUCAGAUCCCAAGGUUUAUUUAUUGUAUAGACCUGGACAUUAUGAUAUUCUUUAUAAAUAGAUAUAAAAUAUAAAAGAAGUUAAAAUCUGUGUACAAAACAAUUAAACCAGACAGGUAGAACUGUACAGAGUUUUGUGGUUGUAAAUGGUAUUAAAGCUUUUUUUUCUUUGUUACAAUAUAUUUCAUUUUAUUAAAGGGUGAUGGAUCUG